UCCAGCCGAGCGUGUCUGUGAGGUUUGGAGCGAGCGGCAAGUCUUGCCUUGGUGCUGGUCUCGUGUUCUGGGAGCUGCUGACAGCCGCUCUCAGUGCUCGUCCCCAGAGCCACCGGAGCUUUUUCCCCGACCUGCCUGGCUCAGGCAGCCGGGGCACCCAGAAGGCCGCAGCAGCAAAGGGAGCCGUGUGACCCCUGCUGCUGCAGCAGCGGCGUGAGGAGCAGCCCCUCAUCCCCUGCACUUUCCACCAUCGCAGCUGGACAGCAUGGCUGCUGAGCUGGAUCAUCGCUGCACCAUUUGCCUGGACAGCAUGGACAAUGCCAGCUAUGUAAUGCCAUGCCUGCACCAGUUCUGCUUUGGCUGCAUCCGGCGCUGGGCCCAGACUAGGCCCAAGUGCCCACUUUGCAAUGGCAGGGUGACGUCCAUCCUGCACUCUGUGCGUUCUGACAACAACUUUGAGGAGUAUGUUGUCAGACAGGAUGGGCCAAGGGCCAGAAGAGCACCCCAAAGCCAACCAGAGGCGAUGCCAACCUGGGUGUCCAUUUUCCGCCAGCACCCAGCUGUGCUCCGGCCCCUAAUGCCUUGGGUGCACCAGGAGGUGAGGCAGCUCUUUGGGGCUGACGAUAGGGCAGCCUUUUCAGCGUUCCAGCUUGUCUUUUUUGGACUGUCCUUCUAUGGCCUGGACGAGGCAGCGCUGACUGUGUGGCUGCUCAGCUCCCCAUAUAGGCAGGCCGUCAGCUUUGUGCGACAGCUUGUUGUCCGAGCUGUGCGGUUGUGCAGUGCAGAGGUGCAACGUCUGCUGGGCCUGGAGGCCUCCCAUGCUCCCACAGGACAGGAGGGCAGACCCGCAGCUGUCCAUGGUGCAGCUACACCAUCAACAGGAACUGUUGACGACAGUCUACAGCCAUCCAGGAGCACCAGGGAAGCAAACACGGAAGGGGAGCUUCCUGGCCCCUCAACCUCUGCCCUUCGUGAGGGUCCCAGCCAGCCUCCAUCCAACCCGGCUCCGGUGCACAGAGUCCAAGAAGCAGCCCAGGAGGAGCCGGGGGAGGCAGUGCCAGGUCCCUCCAGUGCCAGCACAAGCAGGGAGCGCUCUGGCAGGGCGCCACGGCGAGCCCCGAAGAGGAGGAGGACCCACACUGCUGAGGACUCUGCACCUCCUGCCAAGAGGCCACCCCGCAGGCGGCGCUAG